AUGUUCGGUUUCGGAAAAUCUAGCAACAAUUCCACCGCCAAUGCGGGUUCUGGAUCGCUUUUCGGAAACAAGCCAAUGAGUUCGGCAGGGAAUUUCAAUAACGCGGGACAAGGAGCUCAAGCAUCUGGCUCAAUGUUCGGUCAAAACAACACAGCACAGGCGAACCAAGGCGCUGGCGGGCUGUUUGGGCAGCAGAAUAGUACCGCAGGUGCUACUGGUGGUCUUUUCGGCAACAAACCCGCGGUAACGAACCCUGGAGGUGGGUUUUCGUUUGGUCAAAACAAUGCUGCACAACAAAAACCCGGAUCCCUGUUUGGCGCUAACAGCCAGCAGAACCAAGGGGCUAGCGGAGGCUUAUUUGGAAAUACAGGCCAGCAAAACACAAACCCAUCAGGCGGUCUGUUCGGGAACAGCAACAGCCAGCAAUCGGGCACAACGGGCGGGCUAUUUGGUAACAACAAUCAACAGGGCUCAAACGCUCCGGGCGGGCUCUUCGGCGGCAAUAAGAGCCAGCAAGGCCCAAACGCAACAGGAGGACUAUUUGGAAACAACAGCCAGCAAGGUCCUAAUACUUCAGGAGGGCUGUUUGGCAACAACAAUCAGCAAGGUUCCAACCCAUCGGGAGGAUUGUUUGGUAACAACAAUCAACAGAGUACAAAUUCAUCAGGAGGACUAUUCGGAAACAAACCUGGUGCCGGAACCGGUGGCCUAUUUGGUAAUUCCAAUACACAGUCUACAAGUUCUGGAGGCCUUUUCGGAAACAGCCAACAGCAACCUACAGGUUCUGCGCCAAUGUUUGGAAGUCAAAUGCAACAGCCACAGCAACAGCAACAGCAGAUCCAGCUAUUGCAACAGUCGAACUACCCUCAACAAAUCCAGGAACAAAUCAUCAAGUGCAAGGAGUCGUGGGAUCCUCAGUCGUCCAGAAGUAAACUGAAAACAUUCUUUUACAACAAGGUUAAUGAAACCGAAGCUAUGCUAUACAACAAGCCAGCUGAUGUAUCCCAAGAAGACUGGGAUGAAGCGCUGCUACAAAAGACCUCGGCGAGUGUCAUCCCCGUCCAAGCACUGGGGUUUGACGAUCUGAAUCAGCGUAAUAAUUUACAAAGAGAUAACGUUGCUCAGGCCCGCCUCAUACUCAAUCAAAUCCUGGACAAGCUUACUCAACUCACGCAGAAGCAUGACUUGGAGACUGCUUCCAGGAUUUUGAAAGCACAAACAAGAAACGUUAAGAUUCAGCAAAGAAUCCUCAAACUAGGGUCUUACCUGGCUAUAUUGAAGAGUAAGGGGCUCCCACUGUCUGUUGCUGAAGAGAACAUGUGGACAGAAUACGAAAAGCUGUUAAAGAGAAGCAACGAUCCAGCCGGACUUGGCAAGAGCAACGAAUUGUGGGCAAGAUUGUCAGUUCUAAAAGAAAGAGCGAAAACCAUUUCUGACCAACUUGACAGUACCUUAGUUGUAAUUAGUGAAAAUGGCGGCUCCAAAGCCCAAAGCAGCAGUUCAGGAAGAUCCGAAGAUAGGAGACUUGAUGACGAGGUUGAAAGCAGAGUCAACAAGAUUGCUGAGAUAUUGAGCAACCAGCAACGCGGCCUGUGCUAUCUCCAUGACGUCCUUGAAAAGGACGAUAAAACUGUCAGCAAAAUAUGUAACUUAACGACCUAA